UAGGAAGUAAUUCAGACUGACAUAUUUUAAGUCCCAGGUAAAGUCAACAAUUUGAAGACCACAGUGACGACAUCCUCGUCUAUUGGUCUGUCGUGGACGGCAUCAACAAGUGGUAUCCCAUUCACCCAGUACGACGUCUUCAUAAGCAAGGGAGGCGAAUGUGUGCAAGCAGUCUACAUCCUCUGCCCUCCAAAUGAUAGUAUAUAUGCACCUGUCCACUGCGCUUACAAUUACGCUGGCGUGACUGCGACAUAUGAUCAAUGCCAUGGUAACAUGUCUUACAACGUGACUAAGCUGGAGUCGAACACAGAAUACGCUGUUAUUGUUGCCGCUGCAGCAACGUCCACAAUAGGGGAAAACUCAACACUCACAGAGAAGACCCAUAUUGGUAUUCCAGCAGCGCCGACCAACAUCCGGGGAACUGCUCAGAACCAGUCCGCCAUCUUGGUUGAAUGGGACGUUCCUUCCCACAAUGCCGGGCCUAUGUGGUACAACCUUACGGUUCUAAUCGCAUACGACAGGGAGUCUGGGGCCUGCCUUAUCCAUCGUGAAUACAAAGUUGAAGGUCAGAAUAGCAGUUCCUGCGAGGUGACGGACUUGUUGAGUUCCUGGAGGUACUGGUUUGCCAUCACAGCCAGCACCAGUGCUGGAACCUCAAACGUGGCAACAUCCAAAGCUGUCAGAACGCUGUCUUCUACUCCUGGUGCAGUGCAGGAUAUCCGCGUCAACUUUGUCCCAAGUGAGUACCUGGCCAUCAAACUCACGUGGGAAUGUCCCCCCGAGAAGAUGAGGAAUGGAAGGAUCACAAGCUACACAAUCUCCUACACAGGCAAUAUAUCCAUGACGAUGACGGCCGGGAGCUUCUACCCUGAGGAUUCGUGCACCUACUACCACAUGGUGUAUCUGCCCGUAAUACCAGAUGGGCAGUACAUUGUCCAGGUAUGGGCCAAUGCUGAAUUUCAAGGAAACAAAUCAGCAAUAAUGUUUGUAGCAGACCGUGAUCAAAUGACCUACGAUUUUCCAUCGUUUUCCAACACAACUGAGUCAACCACAGAUCCCCACAACUUAAUAGUUGUGUCAGCCACAUGUGGUUCAAUAAUAGCUAUCCUCUUUGCCGCUGUCAUUGCUCUUGUUAUCACAAGAUCCAGCGGUAUUUCACCUAAAGAACGACUGCAUUUUGCUCGUUAGGUUGAUUGACCAUCAGGGCGAAACUGUCUGGGGAAAAAACAAGAACGAAAAGCCAGUUCAUUUGAAGAACGCAAAGUGUCAUUAUAAA